AUGGCAGUCCUGCAGAAGGUCAUCGUUUUGAUCCUUCUUCGCUUGUUCCUUGCCGCAGCAGAUGCCACUCAUCACAAACAUCACCACGACGAUCAUCAUCUCGCCGAAGAUCUCCUUGACUUCCUCAAGCCCCUCAAUCCUUUAGAUCCUCAUAAAGGUUCUUCGUCUCCGCCACUUGAUGAUGAUGAUUCUGGUGACAAAGGUCCCUUGGGUCUUCUCCUUAAUCCUUUGGAUCCUCAUAAAGGUUCUUCGUCUCCACCACCUGAUGAUCCUGAUCCUAGUGAUAAAGGUCCCUUGGGUCUUCUCCUAAAUCCUUUUUCGGAUCCUGGCAGUCCCCCCGUAAACAAACCCACUGAUCCUUUGUCUGAUGGAAAAGAUUCGAACCAGGACGACGUGCCUGCGAAACCUGAUUUUGAGACAGCUUCUUUAGGGACGUGGGAAUUGUUGAAUGUAGACACUGGGGUGUCGGCCAUGCACGUGCAGCUAACGCCCAAUAACAAGAUCAUCCUUUAUGAUACCAUCAUUUUCCGCAUUUCCAGGAUCAGAGCACGACCAGGCGAAUGUAUUACGUAUCUUGAUCGCGAAAAUGUAACGAAGGAGGAUUGUUGGGCUCACGUCGUCGAAUAUGAUAUUGAAACUAACCAAGUUCUCAGGCCCAUCAAGGUUUGCGUCUCCACAGAUCCGUGGUGUUCAUCAGGAGGGCUUGCCAAUGAUGGUACCCUCGUCAGUACUGGUGGCUUUUUGAGCGGAACUAGAUCUUUGAGAUUCCUUUCUGGCUGCCCAGAUUGUCAGUGGAGAGACUACCCUAAUACAUUCAGAGAAGAUAGAUGGUAUGCGACUCAAGCAAAGCUUGCAGAUGGAGGGUUCAUCUUGGUUGGAGGACGCAGAGCUUUCAGCUACGAGUACAUUCCACUAGAAGGCCAAAGAAGCGACAACCUUCACUUCUUUGCGUUCCUCUACGAGACCUCCGAUCUGGAAGAGAAUAAUCUCUACCCAUUCGUCCACCUUUCCGUCGAUGGCAACGUCUUCAUCUUCUCCAACAAUCGCUCACUCCUUCUAAAUCCUAAGAACAACAAGAUUGUUCGCACCUAUCCCGUCCUCCCCGGCGGCUCCCGCAACUACCCCGCCUCCGGCAUGUCCGCCCUCCUUCCCAUCAAGCUCGAUGCCGACGGCAAAGCCGACACCGCCGAGGUCAUGGUCUGCGGUGGCAAUACCCCGGACGCCUUCCACAUCGCGGAGACGCUCAAGCAAUACCUCCCAGCUCUCCAAGACUGCAACAGAAUGGUCAUCACAGAUCGUGUCCCCGCGUGGGAUUCUGAAAUGAUGCCUUCAAGAAGAACCAUGGGUGACCUCUUGAAUCUACCCAACGGACAGCUCUUGUUCAUCAACGGUGCUCAGAAUGGCACAUCGGCAUGGUGGGACGCCGAGGUUCCCAAUUUCACGCCGGUGCUUUACAGGCCCGACAAGCCUAAGGGUGAGAGAUUUAAGGUUUUGGCCGCCACCUCCAUCGCCAGAAUGUAUCACUCAACUUCCGCUGUGCUUCCUAAUGGCAAAAUCUGGGUGAGUGGAAGCAACACUCACGACACUUACAGGGACGUUGAUAAAUACCCAACCGAGACCAGAGUGGAGAACUUCUCCCCUCCUUAUCUCGAUCCGGCUCUCGAUGGGUUCCGGCCGGUGAUCGACGAGAGAACGUCGGACAAGCUGUUGAGGUACAAGCAAACCUUUGAGACUAGGUUCACGGUGAACGAUCGAACCGCGACUUUCACGAAGAGUGAUAUCAAGGUGAUGAUGUAUGCGCCGCCUUUCACAACUCAUGGGUACUCUAUGAAUCAGAGACAAGUGGUGCUGCCGCCGGCGACUCUCACCUCCGAACUCGGAGGGAUAUACAAGAUAGCCUCCAUGGCUCCGGCGUCGGGUGAGAUUACUCCGCCGGGGUACUACUUACUGUGUGUUGUGCACGGUGGGGUGCCUAGCAAGGGAAUAUGGGUGCAAAUCGGGAGCUGA